AAUCAUCAAUACUGAAUUGGGAUUAGCCUAAGUAUAUCACUUGAGAAAAUGGAAGCGAAAUUGUUUGUUUUCCUUCUUAUUUCAGUGAUGAUUUUUUCUGCAGCACAAAGCCAAUUGAAAACUGGGUUUUACUCCAGUUCCUGCCCAAGAGCAGAGGCCACGGUGAGGUCCACUGUUGAAUCACACUUCAACAAAGAUCCCACCGUUGCUGCUGGCUUGCUAAGGGUUCACUUCCAUGAUUGCUUUGUUCAGGGCUGUGAUGGUUCCGUGUUGAUUACGGGGUCUUCUACUGAAAGGAAUGCACCGACAAACCUUGGCUUAAGAGGGUACGAAGUAAUCGAUGAUGCAAAAUCACAACUGGAGGCCUUGUGCCCUGGGGUGGUAUCAUGCGCCGAUAUAGUAGCUCUGGCUGCUCGUGAUGCUGUGGACUUGAGUGACGGUCCAAGUUGGUCAGUGCCCACCGGAAGAAGAGAUGGCAGGGUUUCUUUAUCUUCUCAAACCUCAGAUUUGCCUUCUCCUCUCGACUCGAUCUCUGUCCAGAGGCAAAAGUUUUCUGCUAAAGGGCUCGAUGAUCACGAUCUUGUCACAUUAGUCGGUGCACAUACAAUAGGCCAAACAGAUUGUUUGUUCUUCAGGUAUCGUUUAUAUAACUUCACUGCCACCGGCAACCCCGACCCCACCAUAAACCAAGCAUUUCUGUCACAGCUCCAAGCUCUUUGCCCCAAAGAUGGCGAUGGCUCAAAACGUGUGGCGUUAGACAAAGAUAGCCAGACCAAUUUCGACGUGAGCUUCUUCAAGAAUGUACGUGAUGGUAAUGGAGUCCUAGAGUCGGAUCAGAGGCUGUGGGGAGAGGCUGCAACGCGUAGCAUUGUGCAAAACUAUGCGGGUAGCGUAAGGGGAUUACUGGGGUUAAGAUUUGAUGUGGAGUUUCCGAAAGCUAUGAUUAAAAUGAGUAGCAUUGAGGUGAAGAUAGGCACGCAAGGGGAGAUUAGAAAAGUCUGUUCAAAGAUUAAUUGAUGGAACCAGCCCCCCAAAGAACUACUACUUUUGAAAAAAAAGAGUAUUUUCUAAUUAAGUCCAUGCAUGAAAGCUUACAUGAAAAUAAUUUGAUGACGAACUACUAGUACUUCUUGUGAUGAGA